UACACAAUCAAUUACGCACCUGUCACGCACAGGAUAAAAGCACAACAUUCAUUAUGUCAUUGGGAGAGAAAACAGAAAUGUCUCGCUUGUACAAAUUAGCUCAAAAAUUUAAUUGUUUUUAUCUGACAGGUUUAAAAUCAACUGAAUGUAAACCAUUUUUCGUAGAAGGUUACCAAGUUGGUCUGGUCAGACCAGAUGUGAUGAAACAACUUAUACGAUAUCCUGAGGUGUUUUUAGUUUCUUCUGGGUGUGUGGAGUUGAAUCCUGCUUUCAGAGAUUAUGAGGAAAGAAGUGGUCAUGUUGAGAGGGUGUUAAAAGAAUUACGAGCAGAAAAUGUCUUUAUAGCAUUGAAAGGCUGGCGAGAUGAGUGUUAUGAGGUAAAGACAGAUUUCACUUCCAAAAGUUUGUUAAAAAUGGAUAGAGCAGCAACAUGUUUAUUUGGAAUUAGAAAUUAUGGCGUUGACAUUAAUGGAUACGUUAGGCAUCCCGUACUAGGUCUCUGUCUUUGGUUUCAAAAACGAUCGUCAACGAAACAAACAUGGCCAGGGAAAUGGGACAAUAUGGUUGGAGGUGGUUUAUCUGUAGGACAUGGUAUUUUGGAGACUGCACAUAAAGAGGCAAUGGAAGAGGCCUCUGUACCGGUAGAAUUGUUAAAGAAUUUAAUUAGUGCUGGCUGUGUUUCGUUUUUCUUCGAAUCAGACCGUGGUCUUUUCCCGAAUACGGAGUUCAUCUUCGAUUUAGAGUUACCAGUAGACUUUGUGCCAGUAAAUGCAGAUGGAGAAGUAGAGACUUUCGAACUACUGACAGCCAAUCAGUGCCUGGAAAAAAUCCUAACUGCCGAUUUCAAAACGACCAGCGCGCCAGUAGCUUUGGAUUUUCUCAUUAGACAUGGAAUAGUCACGCCGGAAAAUGAUAACGACUACCUGAAGGUUGUAGAACUUCUCCAUGUGCCACUUCAGUCUAUCUACAGUACAUACUUAAGAUCUAUGCACAUUAAAGAAAAUGGUACUUCCGUUCACCAUUCCAAUAUAGUGUAAAACAAUUUAGGCAGUUUUCUUAGACUUUUGUAAUUUUGCUGUUGACUACAAGAAGUUUAGACUAUCAAGAAGAAAACGUUUGGAUAUUCUUUUCAUAUACAUUGGUAACAUAAAAAUAUUGCAUAAUUUUGUUGUAUGGACGUUUAAAAUAAUUUGCGAAAUUAUUCAGUACAAGAAUCUACAAUGACUUUGCUAAAUUACUAUUCAACCAACACUUUAAUCGCUUCUAACUUAAAAUGAACAUUUUGAUUUGUAAUUUUAUUUUUAUUUGCACCAAAAUAUUUUUGUAGGAUUGGAUUGUGGAUGAUAUGGCGGAGGUUUUAAAGAACCAGGUUCAUUUUUCGAAAAUACUUUGUCAAAAUAUUGAAUAUACACGCGUUUGUCCCGUCUGACAAUUUCAUGCAGUUGCGGUUUAAACAUUGUUACAAACCGUAUAGUUUUCUCCGUCAACUAAUGUAUUUAUCAUGUUCACUUUUGUAUAAUUAUUAAUGGGUGCUCUAUUAGUUUGUCGUCAUCAUCAAUGGCGUUAUAAUUCUUCGUGAGUCUUUGCCACGAUUACAAUUGCCUUCCAUGUUUGUCGGCCCUGUGCCACUAUUUCCCAUUGCACAGACUGCAUCUUUCCAGCUUUUUCUAGGCCAUCCUACAAACCUUCUUCCAUCUGAUAUUUCGCAAAAUACAUUGUUUAUUAUAAGGCGGUUUGCGUUAUUGCGUAUCACAUCUCCUGUCCAUCUUGGUCUAUUGGUCUUUACAUUAUCUCACUAUAUUUUCCUUUCCGAAGUGAGACUCUAACUCAUUGUUGUGUCUGCGCCUCCAUUCGUUUGUCAUAUUAUCUCUGCAAAGGCCAUAGUAUAUCACUUAAGGAUUUUACAUUCCCACACCAGCAAUUUAUUUACUUCUCUUUUUGUUAGCGUCCAUGUUUCGCUUCCAUACGCGAUUGCUGGUCGUUUUAUGAACUUAUAUAUCUGGAUUUUUCCACCACGUGAGAGUAGUUUUGACUUCAUUAGAAGUUGCAUUGGAAAUAAAGAUAUGUUUCCCGCCAUUUUUCGCGUUUCAACUUCUCGUUCUAUUUUGUUGUCAUUGGCGAUUGUUGCUCCUAAAUAUGUGAAUUCUUUAACCACUUCGAAUUUAUCAUCGGUUGUAGUAAUAUUUUGCCUUAUUCGCCGUCGUUCUUGUUUUGAAAUGACUAUGUAUUUUGUUUUGUCUUCAUUUAUUUUUAGACCUAUAUUUAGUGCUGCUCUUCAAAGCUCGAAAAAAUAUCCCUAACUGCUAAUGUCGACUGUGCUACUGCAUGUACGUCAUUGGCAAAGGCGAGUGCAGUUUUUGCUCUAUUAGUUUGUACAUUUUGUAAUUGUCUAAAUUCAUGUUAUGAUACUCUCUCAGUUUGGAACCGGAUCUAAAAAACAAAAGGGCAUUGGGUAUGAAACUCCUCAGUGGCGUAACCAGGGGGGCUAUAUUCCCCCAUUGGGAUGUACUUUGAGCUCUAUACGCUUAACAUCAUUACUAUUCCAUACCCCCCUCCUAGAGACCCUCCAGUUAUUGUAACCCCUCUUUUAGAUGAUCCUAGUUACGCCUUUGAAACUCCUGUUACCUCCUACGAUAACCAACCUAUUCUCUUUUUAAAUAUUCGUGAACAAUCCCUUGUCACUAGCGUCUGUCCAAAUGUUCGAAAUACAUAGUGUAUUUUGCUUGCACCCAUUUCAUCAACAUAUUUAAUUCGACUGGCUAAAUGACCAAAUGUCCCAGCCAAAAAUAGGCAUAUUAUACAAUCGGUUUAACUUAACGAAUGUUAAGAAUGUUCUGUUAUUCUAUCUCUUUGCACUUUUUGUUCAGCUAUUGUCCCUUUGUUACCUGUAUAUGUGUUUCUCAAUUUCCCCUUUUUAGACUUGAAGAUGCCUGGCAAUUUUUGUUUUUUUCGUGGUGUCUUUCUUCCAUCAAUUUCAAGAAAUUGUCAUCCAGCUCUUCCUUUUUAUGGAAUUUUGUCUGCCUAUUUUGACUUGGUUCUAAAAGUAUUUCUUUGAAACUUUUUCGUGUGCUCUCGAUAUCUCUUUCUGUUCCUCUUGUGGCUUCAUGUGCAUUCUGCUUGUCUUCUCAUCUCCAGCUGCUCGUCUACACACUCCCUAUACUAUUCUAUUUGUUCAUCCGUUGCCUUAGUCCUUGUUAUUUUGUCUUUGGUCCUGCUGUUUUAGAUUUUCUUUAGUUUUAUUCUCAAUGUUACUUCUUCUUCACGUGCCAUAUCAGAAUUAUCCGACGUUGGCGAUCACCAUUGCGAAGGCUUCUCGAUCUUCUGCAAUACGGUAUAUUUGUCUUGCAUUUGAUAUCUGAGUCCAUUUACGAAUGUUUUUUAACCAAGAAACUUGUUUUCUUCCUACACCUCUACAGCCCUCUAUUUUGCCUUUAAGGAUCCU